AUGCUCCCAGCACCGCUGAGAAGUGUGGUCCUGGCCUUGUCCCAGAAGCGUACGUUCAUCAUUCCCACUGCCCUUACAGCAUUGGGCUCGUUGAUGUUUAAUGAGAAUAACCGUCUUGCCUCUAAGAUGGAAAAUGGCCAGCUUCACUAUGACGAUCCGAAUAAAGCUCUUAACAAGAGCAAUCAGACAAUGCUUGAAAACAAGUACUGGAAACGUGGCGAGCCAGAGUAUCCUGGUCAUGUGCCCCUUUACACUUUUGAGCGAGCCCUCAUGUUCGUUGGCUCUGCCGUUGGUUCAUACUUCCAUCCGGAGAGAAACGAGAACAUCGUGGCUUUAGGUGAGUCAACGGCCAUUGCUCCUGUAUUACGCCGCCUUCAAAGGCAGAUGUUGUCUGAUCCUGUUGGAAGACAAAUUUUGAAAGAGAGACCCAGGAUCACGAGCACGUCGUUAGACCUCGACUACUUGCGCUCAUUAUCCGACAACACCAUCGGUAAAACAUACAUCAACUGGCUUGAUCGUGAAGGUGUCUCUCCAGACACAAGGGUGCCUGUACGCUACAUCGAUAAUGACGAAUUGGCUUACAUUUUUCAGAGGUACAGAGAGUGUCACGACUUCUACCAUGCCAUCACCGGGUUGCCCAUCAUCAUCGAAGGCGAGAUUGCCGUCAAGGUGUUGGAGUUCAUGAACAUGGGCAUGCCGAUGCCCGGCCUAGGAGCCCUCUUUGCGCCAUUGCGGUUGAAGCCCUCGCAGAAGGAACGCUUAUAUAAUAUCUACUACCCAUGGGCCAUCAAAAGUGGGCUCAAUUCCAAGCCUCUAAUCAACGUUUACUGGGAAAAGAUCUUGGAGAAGGAUAUCAACGAGCUCCGCCAAGAGCUCGGGAUCGAGCAGCCUCCAGACUUGAGGAACCUAAGAAAAGAGUAUUUCGCCAAGUUGAAGGCGGCGAAAAAGGUGUGA